GUGGCAGCGGUGGAGGAAGAAGAAGGAGGUAGGAAGGAAGGAGGCAGUGCGGCGCGCGCACGGCGCUGCUUUUGUUCGUCCGCGCGUUUCUGAUGAGCUGGAUAUGCUCUGGAGACCUCCGGCAAGGCGGCUCUUAGGGGGCUUUUCACAAAACGCGCCUGGGCUGCUAUAAAGGAGGCCACUUCUGGAGUGGCCGCCGAGCAGUCAACAUCGAAAAAAAAAACCCCAAACAAACCAGAACAAAACAAAAAAAAAACCUGAAAAACCUCACACGUUCUCAUCCCUUUCGCCCGCCACCAUAAGACGACUUGGGGAUUCUUCAGCUUUUGGGUGCAUUCCCAAAUGUAUAAAAUGGAGUAUUCUUACCUCAACUCGUCCGCCUACGAGUCGUGCAUGGCCGGCAUGGACACGUCGAGCCUGGCGUCGGCCUACGCGGACUUCAGCUCGUGCAGCCAGGCCAGCGGCUUCCAGUACAACCCCAUCCGGACCACGUUCGGGGCCACCAGCGGCUGCCCGUCGCUGGCUCCCGGAUCCUGCAGCCUGGGCACGCUGAGGGACCACCAGAGCAGCCCCUACGCGGCAGUGCCCUACAAGCUGUUUACGGACCACGGGGGUCUGAACGAGAAGCGCAAGCAGAGGCGCAUCCGGACCACCUUCACCAGCGCGCAGCUCAAGGAGUUGGAGAGGGUCUUCGCCGAGACCCACUACCCGGACAUCUACACGCGUGAAGAGCUGGCACUCAAGAUAGACUUGACUGAAGCUAGAGUGCAGGUUUGGUUCCAGAACCGACGGGCCAAGUUCCGCAAGCAGGAGCGCGCAGCCGCUGCGGCUGCAGCCGCCGCCAAGUCCAAUUCCGGCAAGAAAUCGGACCCGCGGGACGACGACAGCAAAGAUGGCAAAUCCACCGACCCGGACAGCACGGGGGGCCCCAACCCGGUGCCCACCUCCAACUGCGGAGGGCCCAGCCCCACCGGCGUGCAGGUGAACGGCGGCGGCAACGGUGGACAGGAGGAGAGCGGCAAGGGCGCCGUGUCGUCCGGCAUGGGGGUCGGGGUGACGUCGCCGAGCCAAGGCUGGGCCGCCGCCCCGGGGACCAUCACCUCCAUCCCGGACUCGCUGGGCGGGCCCUUCGCCAGCGUGCUGUCGUCCUUGCAGAGACAGAACGGAGCCAAGGCUGCUUUAGUAAAAAGCAGCAUGUUCUAGGUGGUCACACACAAACUGAUGGGACACUUGACAGUCAAACCUGCUUUUGUUUUGUCUCCCUCUUGUGUGGCAUUUGCUCAACUAAAAUACACUCUCGUGGCACAUUCGGCAAACUGCAGUUUCGCUCUAAAACCAGGUGGGUGGAAAAUAACCCAACUUCACAAAACAACUCAAAUUGGAUUGUUUUGUUUUGUACCUCCCGCCCCCCAACACACACACAUUUUGGAUUGUUUUGUCCACGUCUUAUUUCCCCUUUUUCACCAACUGUUUUAACAGUAAAACUAACAGCACUGCAUUACUUGACAGAUACUAUGUUUAUCCUGGAACAGACCAACACGCGGCUGACUAUGUGGCAGACUGCAUAGUUUCACAAACACCUGCAUUGCAGCGGCUGGAGUUUUGAUUUGUAUGGAAUUCGACCAAUUUUGUGAACAACAACAUAGUCUUAUCAAGAGCCUGCAUUUUAUCUGGGGUCUAUUUUUCAGAGAUGUGGACUGCCGAAUAGCUUUAUCUCCAGUUUUCAUUUAUCGGGACAAGAUUGGAUUUUGGUGACAUUCCACCAAUUAUGUGGCUGAUCGCAUAAUUUUAUCCAGAGGUGUUUUUUUUUAAUUUGGACAGCCGCAUAGCUUUAAUUUAAGUUUGCAUUCAUCUGGGCUGUUUUUUUUUUAAAUAGCAUUCCACCAAUGCAGAUGACCACAUUGUUUUAUCAAAAUCUUGCAUUUGUAUCUGUGCUACUUUUGAUUUUAGUACAUUUUUAGGGGAU